CCAUCCCCACAACAACAGUACAGCCUGUGCUAUGAGAGGAUUCUAAAUUUGCCAAGCAGCUCAGGCAUCCCAUUCUCCGUGUUGGUACCUCCCUCUAGGAGACAGACUGACAGACAAGCUGGGCUGAGAGAAGCGACUGGAGAAGUACUGGAACUCAGACUGGAGUGGACACUCUGACAUCAGGUUACAGUAGAACACUCUGAACAAGCCGGGGCAGAGUUGGUAAAGGGUGCCAUGAGUGAAGAGAAAACAAUCACCUGGAUGUAGAAGUGGGAUGGAUUGCUUUGUUAAUGGAACCAUUCAUUCAUUCAUUCCAGUCCACAUCACUUUGCAGUCAAGUUGCUUUCCAUCACGAGAAAAGAGUCACAACGCCUGUAGAGGUUGGCCAGAGAGCAGAAACUGACUGGCACUCAGUCUACCAACAGACAUAUAAUGUGCUAAAAAACAACGCUCACAACUGAAGCCUGACAAUGACGGACAAACUAAAUGGAAAUGGGCCCAAAGCCCCAGAGAAUAGGGUGAAGGGGAAGCCUCCUCCGUACUCUGUGGAAACACCCUAUGGCUUCAGCCUGGACCUGGACUUCCUCAAGUACGUUGACGACAUCGAGAAGGGCCACACCAUAAAGAGGGUCCCCAUCCAGCGCCGGAGCAAGGGGCAGAGGCCCAGCACUCUCCCCAGGAACCUCAAUCUCUCUGGGCAUGGCUACCAGCCUAGCGCCUGGGGCUCCACUGGAGCUCUGGCCUCCAGGUCUCGCCUCCCCAACCCCCACCAAGGCUAUGGCUCUUGGGCUUAUGACGGCAGAUCGCUAGCCUCCCCUGGAGGAUACAAGUCUGUGGCAGAGAUGGAAGCCAGUAUCAGGGCCUUUGAUGAGCAGCCCUUGGGGGAGCACAUCAGGCCCAAUCUCCUGCGGGCCUCCAGCCUGCCUCUCACCGUCCUGCUAAGGAAAGGUUCAGAGUCAACUGAGGACCCGGCCAGUCUCCGAAGCUCCAGAGACCAUCUCAGAGGAAGGGACACUUCCACGGAAGACAUCUUCUACUCCCUGGACCGUUCGUCCAACUGUCAGUCCAACCAGGAUUUUUCUGGAACCAUGCGCCGACUCAAUGAAGCCCUGGAGCACAUGGGCAAGCUGGAGGAGGAGGUCCGGGUCAUCCCAGAGCUCAAGGCACAGAUCUACAUCCUGCAGGAGGAGAGGGAGAUGCUCCGUCUUGGACUGAACCUCAAACCCGCAUCCCAAACUUUCUCCAACAGGGCCAAAGAUCACUCUUACGUGACCUCUGACCUCAAAAGACCCAGGAAAGAUAGUAAUCUCUUCCUCGCCAACAAUGAUGUCACCGAUGACGACUCUAACCAGACACACGAAUGGAGGACAAGCACAGACCUGGAUGAGCUUCUCACAGUGACGUCUCUGCAGGCCAAAGUAGCCAUGCUGGAGCAGAGGCUUCACGAGAGCAGCCUGGACCUCCAGAAGGCCACCGUGCUACUGAGAGAACAGCAGGAGGAGGGCCGGAGGAACGAUGAGAGGAUGUGCCAGCUGAUCAGGAACACUGGGGACUGGGGGAGAGCAGAAAGAGUCCCUGUGGAGCAAGAUGAAAAACAGACUGAGAAUUCUUCUCGGUGGGUCUUAGCAGGUGUACAUGGUACAUCCAUUAGAGAAAGCUUGAAUGUAGAAGCUUUGUCGACAAAUACAGUGACCAUUAGAACAAAUAGACAAAACCCAGGCACUCAGAUUGAGGACCUAGAAGAUGAUCAAGUUUGGGUUUCAGCUAGCUCUUUCAUGAUGGAUGCCCAAGCGAACAGUCUUGGAGCUGGUCAACACAGUUCAAAAACGGUGGUCCAUUGCUCCGUCAGAGAACCAGGCCUAGCAGUACCCAUGGAGCACAUGCCCCAGGAGGAAGCCCCCCCAGGGAGCAUGGAUCAAGCUGUGGCAGCCCUCCACGUAAAGAGGAUCCAGUGUCUCCUGGAACAGCAGUGGGAGUGUCUGUGUGGGGGGACAGCACCAGAAGGGGGCAAGGCCCUGGAGCACCCAGACCCCAAGGUCAAUUCACUGCAGGAGGAGAUGAUGAGUCUGGUUCAUACUCUUUCCGCCUACUACAUCCAUGGAUCCAGUGACAGAGAGGUUUCUCAAGGAGUCCCAAAAUCCAUCAUGAAGAGAAAUGGGAGUGCUCGGAUGUCAAAGAACCUCCACUUUGCUGGUGUGAACGGAGGCUUUGAAACAACACCAAAUGAGGACUUGGAUCGUAAGAGCCAUGCAAAGGAGGACAUGUCAGCCCUACAGCAACAACCAGAAGGACAACCUUACCCUGGGGAGAUGGCAGAGAAACUUGCAGACCAUGGGGGUUCCAACCAUGGAGACCAGAAAGAGGGAGACCCAAGCCCAGGUCAAGAGAUGAUGGAAGGAACCGAUCCGAUGGACCAGACUACUCAAACUGCAGAACCAGAAAAACAGACAGAUAGUGGUGGGGAUGUGGAAGCUGCAGAACCAGAGGAACAGAACAAGACAGACACAACACCAGAGGAACCCAUGGAAGCAGAACCAGAUCCAAACACAGAUCCCAAACAAGACAGGGAGGCUGUAGAAGGGGAGUUCAUAGCAGCAUGUCAUUUCGUCAGCGAUCACAUGGAUAACAUGGAUAACCCCAAUGAUGAAAUGAGGCGUGGCCUGGUGGUGCUGUUCCAGCAUUGGUUCCGGGUGGCGGCUGAGGAGGACUCUCUGGCCAAUACGGUGUCUGUGCACCUCAGAGAGGUGAGGACGGCCACGCCGUCGCUCCUCCCCUUCUUAGUUAACAUGGCAGACGACAACGGCAACACAGUGCUGCACUACAGCGUGUCUCACACCAACUACCCCAUUGUCAGCCUGCUACUGGACACAGGUGUUUGUGAGGUGGACCUUCAGAACAAGGCGGGGUACACAGCGGUGAUGCUGGCCUCCCUGACGGCCCCGGACAGCUCUGGGGACUUGGAGGUGGUCGGCAGGCUCAUGGAGCUGGGGGACGUCAAUGCUCAAGCCAGCCAGGGGGGUCAAACAGCUCUGAUGCUAGCAGUGAGACAUGGCCGGGGCCUGAUGGUGCGUCUGCUGCUGCGCUGCGGGGCCGACACCAACAUCCAGGACUGCCAGGGGGCCACGGCCCUCGUGUGCGCCUGUGAGAGGGGCCACACACACAUCGCCCGGCUGCUGUUGCAAGCAGCCGAAUGUGACACCAGCGUCACUGACAGGCGUGGUCGCACGGCCCUGUCUGUAGCACAGCAGGGGUCCCACGUUGACAUCACAGCCCUUCUUCAGGCCCACCAAACACACGCUGAGACGUCUGUCUGAGACUCCUUGCCCUGUCCCCGUGGAUGGACUCAAAGACACAGAUGUUGCAGUGCAAGGAAUGUCCAAGUCCAAAUGGAACCCUGUUCCGUGCUGUCAAUAGAGCCCUUCCUACUGUAUAUAGAGCCAUUCUUUAUACCACAACUUAGGUCAAUUAUCUCCUUGUUUCUCUGUCUCCUUCCGUCUCUCUGUCUCUGGUCUCCUUUUUCUUCUCCUUCUGUCUCCUUUCUCCUUCGGUCUUCUUUCUCUUCUCCUUCUCUCUCUUUCUCUCUCUCUUCUUCUUUUGUCUCCUCUCUUCUCCUUCUGUCUCUCUCUCUUCUCCGUCUGUCUCUUUCUCUUCUCCUUCUGUCUCUUUCUCUUCUUCUUUGUGUUGGUCACUUAUUGGCUCAGUAUUGACUGAGCUCAGCUGGUCGCGUUAGUUGCUGACUACUAGGCUCUGAACAAAAGUAGUGCACUAUACAAAAGUAGUGCACUAUACAGUAGAGAAUAGGGUUCUAUUUCCUCACUCCCUCUUGGGCCUCUAAGGAUCAGGUUGUGAGGUCAAUGACAUUGGACUGAGCUCUCCACUUCCUGUUCCUGGACAGGGAAAAAAAAACAUCUUUAAAGACUGUGUGUGUGUGUGUGUGUGUGUGUGUGUGUGUGUGUGUGUGUGUGUGUGUGUGUGUGUGUGUGUGUGUGUGUGUGUGUGUGUGUGUGUGUGUGUGUGUGUGUGUGUUUUACAAGUAGACCGUCAUUGUAAAUAAGAAUUUGUUCUUAACUGACUUGCCUAGUUAAAUAACGGUAAAAUAAAAAAAUGAAUCAAAUAAUAAUUUGGGGGAAGAUGUUCUAUCAGUGUGUUAAAUGCUUUCUUUUUUUGUCUUCACAUAUUAAUGUGUGACUUUAAUUCUGAUCUGUUAUUCUGACUCUGCUUAUACUAGCUGUACUAUGUGCAGCAGGAAGGAGAGCUGUGUCAUCAGACUGAUUGAAAUAUCAAAGAAAGACAAUGGUCUUCAGGUCUGCACCACUACCCUCGGGGCAUUUCAGCCAGAGACAUUUAUCACAGUAAAUAUACAGAACAUUUACAUUGAACUGUUUCCUACUAUCAGCAAUAUGUUGCAUGUUAAUCUCAAUAAUGUAUGAAGUAAAAUAUUGAGGUAUACUGUUACAAAUGGAUUUCAUUAUGAUCAAUAUCCAUUGUAGACAAACCCGACUGUUGAUUUAACUACUUAUUUCCAUGCAUUAUUCUUAAAACAAAGCAAGACUGUUUUAAUCAAAUGUUUUCCAAUUAUUUUGUAUUGGAUGUGGGGAAAACACAUUACAACUCAUUGAACUCUGUGAUAACAGAAAUGGACAGCAGAUGGCGCUACCUUUCCAUACUGUUAUGAAUGCAUGUUGUGAAUGCAGUACUGACUGAAUGUCUUGAAAUUUUAUUCAGAGACGUACAUACAUUUGAAGUCAGAAGUUCCCAUACACCUUAGCCAAAUACAUUUAAACUCAGUUUUUCACAACUCCUGACAUUUAACCCUAGUAACAAUUCUC